GAGUCCAUGUAUACUCCGGGAUUGAAUGGAACGAUAGCCCUACAGUGGAGACGCGCAUGAACACCCGGGGAGAGACUGAUUGGCGCAGUCUCCUGCCAAGGACGAGCUAAGAAGUUAAUCCAACGAUGGUUUCAUUAGCCCCCGGCCUCAGUGGCCUGCUUGUGCCUCUCUCAUUUCCAGUUCUCUGUUUUCUUUCUUUCUUUCCUUCGUUGAUGCAUCUCUCGGUCUGUCCCUUUUCACCCCAGUCAUUCAUUUGGGUUCAAGACCUCGUCUUUCGUUGGAGAUUGUAGACCCCGGAUCAGAUCGAUAUCACGAUGCGAUACUAUACGACGACAUGGUUGGCGCUGUUCGCCUGCGCGGGGGCUUCCCAACACGGCCACGGACACAGUCACCGCCACCGCCAUCGUUACGCCAGCGUCGACGAGCCCCUUGAGAAGCGGAGUGGAAGCUGCAAGUUCCCCAAGGACGCCGGUCUGAUCGAGAUCACACCGAGCAUGACGAACGGCGGCUGGGCCCUGAGCCCUGAUCAGUCGUGCGAGCCUGGCGGAUACUGUCCUUACGCCUGUCCCCCGGGUCAGCUGUCCAUGCAGUGGGACCCCGACGCGACCUCGUACAGUUAUCCUGCGUCCAUGAACGGCGGUCUCUACUGCGACGACGACGGCAAGAUCAAGAAGCCCUUCCCUGACAAACCCUACUGCCAGGACGGUACCGGCGCGGUGGCCGCCCGCAGCAAGUGCAAGAAGGGCGGGGUGUCUUUCUGUCAGACCGUCUUGCCAGGGAACGAAGCGAUGCUGAUCCCUACUAUGGUCGAGGACGUGACGGACCUGGCGGUGCCCGACCCGGAGUACUGGUGCGAGACGUCAGCGCACUUCUACAUCAACCCCCCAGGGUAUGAUCCCGAGACAGCCUGCGUGUGGGGCACCUCAUCCAACCCAUACGGCAACUGGUCUCCCUACGUGGCGGGAGCGAAUACCGACAAAAAAGGGCAGACGUUCGUCAAGCUCGCGUGGAACCCCGUCUACCUGGAGCCGGCGACGCCCUUCCGCGACGUGGUCCCGGACUUUGGGGUGGAGAUCGAGUGCGAUGGGGGCGAGUGUCAAGGCUUGCCGUGCAAGAUCGACCCGGAUGUCAACGCUGUUAAUGAAGUGUGCGGCAAGUCGGAGAAGGAGGGCGCCGGGGGCGGUGCAUUCUGCGUGGUUACUGUUCCUAAGGGGGCGAAGGCGCAUAUUGUGGUGUUCGAUAAGGCUGGUUCUGAUGACGAGGAUGAUGAGGAUGAGGACGACGAGGGGUCCUCGACGACACUGUCCAUCCCGUCCAGCACGGAGGAACCUACGAGCACCAAAGAACCAACUAGCACCGAAGCACCGACCAGCACCGACGCCCCGACCAGCAGCACGUCCUCGGCCUCCACCACGCGCCCCACGUCAGGCCCAAGCUCCAGCGGGGGGUCCUCCUCCAGCUACACCUACCGACCGCCGGUGCUGAUCGAGACCGGUACUGCCCAGUCUGCGGGGACCAGGACCGCGACGCCUUCUUCCUCUGCCCAGAGUGGAAGUACCCGGGAGGUAGUAUCUAUGGGAUUUGUAGUGGCGAUGGUGAUGGGUGUGCUGGGUGUACGUGAGGCCUUAUAAGCGGCCUCGCUUUAUAUACACUUGGAUACUUCUGCCUAUGAUUUAUGUUGGCAUUGAUUACGAUGUUAUUGUCUUUACUUCUAAAAUACUGUAUUAUUAUUAUUAUCU